GUUCCGUAUGCGCCAGGUGAAUAUAGUGGGGACCAGUCCCCCCAGCCAGCCCUCCAGGAAGAUCCAGACCCUGCAGGCACCUCCAGAUAUCUCCCCCUACAACGUCACCCUCCGAACAGCCUCAGAGACCAGCCUCUGGCUCCGAUGGAUGCCUCUUCCAGAGUGGGAGUACAAUGGUGACCAGGAGUUGGUGGGUUACCGGGUUCAGUACUCCAGAGAGACAUCUAAGGAAGGGAUCCUGUCCCACGUCAUCAGUGACCGGCUGGAGAGGGAGUUUACCAUAGAGGACCUGGAGGAGUGGACAGAGUACGAAGUCAGGGUUCAGGCCAUCAACGGCUUGGGCUCUGGGCCCUGGAGCCAGCCUGUCCAGGGCAGAACCAGGGAGUCUGUGCCGUCCUGUGGUCCCACCAAUGUGUCAGCCUUCGCCACGACUUCCAGCAGCAUCCUGGUGGUGUAUAAGGACAGGGGUUCAGACUCUGUCCCGCAGUACUGGGAGGUGGAGGGGAACACCAGCCACAGUGUUCAGUUGAGUGGUCUGGGGAAGUACGUGCUGUAUGAGAUCCAGGUCCUGGCCUUCACACGGAUAGGAGACGGCAGGAGCAGCAGGCCAUCCAUCCUGGAGAGGACCCUGGACGAUGUCCCAGGACCUCCAGUGGGCAUCCUGUUCCCAGAGGUCAGGACCGGCUCAGUCAGGCUCAUCUGGCAGCCUCCUGCCCAGCCUAACGGCAUCAUCCUGGCCUAUCAGAUCACACACAGACGGAACACCUCCAAUAGCAACGCUGCCACUGUGGACGUGCUGAGCCCCAGUGCACGACAGUAUACAGCAUCUGGACUGAAACCAGAGUCCGUCUAUGUGUUCCGCCUCACCGCUCAGACGCGCAAGGGCUGGGGAGAAGCUUCAGAGGCCCUGGUGGUCACGACAGAGAAGAGAGCGCGGCCCCAGCCAGCCAGCCGUCCCACAGUGCCCCAGGAGGACGUGCAGGCGCGCAGCGUGAUGUUGUCAUGGGAACCAGGUAGCGACGGCCUGUCACCUGUCCGAUAUUACACGGUGCAGUACAGAGAGCUACCAGACAGUAACUGGACUGUCCACUCUGCAUCGGUCAACCACGAGGCCAGCUCCUACAUAGUGGACAGGUACACCCCAGACAAAGCUCCCACAAUCCUCUCUGUUACACCCCACACCACCACGUCGGUGCUGGUCCGAUGGGAGCCGCCUGCUGAGAAGCAGAUAAACGGGGUGCUGCUGGGGUUCAGGGUACGAUACCGGGAGUUACAAUACGACCGCCUCCGUAGCUUCACCAUACGAACCAUCAACAGCCCCGCCUCUAACUGGGCGGAGCUCACUGCCCCCUACAGUGUGAGGAACCUGAGCGAGUCCUCGCUCACCCAGUACGAGCUUGAUAACUUGAGUAAACACAAGCGUUAUGAGAUCCGCCUAAGUGUGUACAACGCCGUGGGAGAGGGGCCUACCAGCACGCCACAGGAAGUGUUUGUAGGAGAGGCAGUUCCAACAGCCCCGCCCCAAUCUGUGACCAUCCAAUCAUCAACAGCCACCCAGCUGGAUGUCACAUGGAGCCCGCCUCCUCUUGACUCUCAGAAUGGAGACAUACAGGGGUACAAGAUCUACUUCUGGGAGUUCCAGCUGCAGAAUGAGACAGAGAGACUGCGUACCAUGUUCCUCCCAGAGCUCGGGGUCAAGAUUAAGAACCUGACUGGCUAUACCACAUACAUGAUCAGUGUAGCAGCCUUCAACGCAGCAGGGGACGGACCCCGGAGUCCCCCCGACCAGGGGCCGAACACAACAGGCUG